AUGGCCAAGCCCGGGGGCUGCCCGGCACAUGCCAUCAGACUGGUGGCCGUGGCAGAAGCGUGCCAGGGCUACCUGACCGCCAUCCCGCAGCCUACUCCUCUCUACCUGGAGAAGAUCCUCUACCACCUGCUGAGGAACACGGUCAGCCAAGGGAGCAGCGAUGCCUGCUGGAGGGUGGCUGACAUCCUCCGUGCCCGGCUGCUGACCUACCCCCCCGGCCAGACGACCUCCAAGGACUUCACCGCCAUCGCCUACAGCACUUUCAGUGUGCUCUGGAAAGGGGCAGAUGCCCUGGCCGAGCCCGACCGGCCGCAGGAGGAGGCUCUGCGAAAGGAGGCGAUGGAGCCGCCCACCCUCCAGCAAUCCCUCUGCUUUUUCGAGCUCACUCUGGAGCAGUGUCAGCACCUUUGCAAGAGCGGCCAGUAUAGAGAGGCUGAGGAGGCCGUAAAGGACGCGAGGGUCUUCCUGGGAGCCACCGGCAGCUCUGCAAAAUCUUUUGGUGACCCCCUGGCCCUUCUGGAAGUCGGGGUUCAGCUAAGCCAGGUGCUGGCCAAGAGCGCUUGCCCUGCAGGGCCACUCUUCUCCCAGGCGGCAGCGGCUCUCGGUGCAGCGGCGAGGGCCUCAGAGCAGUUCCUCAGGGUGCUGGCUGAGAGCUGCCAGUUCAUCGUCUCCUCCCUCGGCGAGUACAUGAAGAGGAGCAAGCAGCAACCCUUCGGCAGGGAGGACGUGCUCGGCCUCUGGGCCUUCACCAAGGGGCACUGCCGUGUCCUCCGUCAGCUGCUGGAGCGGGUUCCUCCCGACGGUGUCAAACCGAAGCUCAUGGUGAAACAGCUGCUCUACCGCAGCCUCCAGCUCUUUGCCAGCGUGGCCUACGAUGCCUUUCAGUGCUCUCAGGUGGCAGGCUGGCCAGGUCUGGAGCAGCUGACGGUGGGCUGCCGGAGGAGUGUGACGUGGAUGCUGGAGGCGCUGGAGGGGCUCCCCGAGAGCGAGCGAGCCAAGUACCUUGACAUCACCGUGUCAUGCGCGUUCAAGCUGGCUUACAUCUUCUACAACCAGAACCUUCACGAGGAAGCCAGCUCAGUCUGUGAGCUGUUGUGCAAGAGGCUGCAGACAGCAGAUCCCUACGCGUGUCCAGAGAUACCCCCGGAGAGGCUGCACAAAUGCUUCAGGCUGCAGGUGGAAAGCUAUCGCAAGCUGGGGCAGCUGGAGAGAGCCCUGGAGUGUGUGGUGCAGUGGCUGGCUGCGCUGCGGGGCCGGAUUGGGGAGCUGCUGGCAGAGCCCGUCUCCCUCUGGGUCAGAGUCAAAACGGAUGCUGCGAAACAGGGAGCCGAGGAAUUACGGUUACGGACCCUGAAGGAAGGCUUGGAGGGGCACAGCCUGGACACGGAGACCUUGGUGACUGUUCUCUUUGCGGAGUUGAAGGCCUACAAGACUGUCCGAACCGACACGGGGCAAGAACGCUACAACGUCCUCUGUGACCUGCUGGAGAUCUGCUCGGAGGAAAGCGGCCGCUUGCACGAGCGAGCUAUCACCUUGACGGAGCUGGCCCAAGUCUUGUGCUACCACAGCUACAGCUCCUCCCUGGACUCGGUCUGUGAAGCCUUGAGGCUGCUGGAAUUGGUGCCCAGGAGUGCCCAGAACCGGGACCAGCUUCUCGAUGACCGGGCACAGGCUCUGCUCUGGCUCUACAUCUGCACCUUGGA